AGAUUUUUCUCCCCUGCCGGCAGCCGUUGCCGUUGAUGAUCCACUCCUCCAUCGUCUCGUCCACCCGAAGCUGUGGUUCUUUCGCUCCAUCUUGCACCGGUCGACUCUCCGUUCGUCUGUCCGGUCGUCUGCCUCCGGCUCAAAGCGAAUUUAGCUGCUUCUACUAGGCACCCUGGGCCCUCGCGAUAUACAACGUACCGUGCGGUGGGAAUCCUUCCUGGGUAAUUCCUAACUUAAUUCUCUGCACGGAAUGCCGCUCUUCGUCAUGUCCACUCACAAUCACGUCCUAUCAUGAAAGUUACCGUGACCUCGAGUCUCCCCAUCGCCAAGUGAAGAGACUGCCAGUGUUUGUACCUAGACGGCCGCAUCCACCCUGGCGUCCUGUCCCUGUCAAUGCCGCACUCAUUAUUGCUCCCACAGAGCCUUCAUCUCGGGUCUUUUCCUGUCCCCUACUAGUAGGAGUCGAUCCCACCAGCCAUCAGUUUUCCUUCACCUCAACUCUCUCGUUACUAUCCCGGGUCUCUCGCGUGUUCUGACCGACCGACUGGAACCCGUUUCUCCCGAAUUUCUCUACGCUGCCUCAAGCCCCUCGAUCCGAUUCGCCACCAUCCUCGUUGUCCUCAAGAAAAUUUCCGAUCAGCUGGGCCUGACAAGCCUCAAGCUAUCGACCUGUGCCCUAUCGGGUCUCUUCGAAGAUUAACCCAUCCUUACCACAAUCCCAACGUACUGGUUCUUCAUGUUCACCGGUGCCAAGUGGGUUGUCGACAUCUGACAGCUGUCAGUGCGGCCCCGUUCACCGUCCUGGAUGUCUGUUGUAAUAACCUCCGGGCUGGCCUCCGCUUCGACACAACUAGGCAGGUAAACCCAUCCGAGUCCACUGUGGUCCGCUUGUCUUCGAAAACCUGUCAGUGCUUCUUCCACACCAACUGGUCGACACUGCACCCCACCUCAACCAACGGAACGAGGGCUUGGUUUCUGGGACUAUCGUCUCUACCGCAAUCCAUUCCCAUUUUGUUUUCGUUCCCAAAUCCGUUUCCAGUUUUCAACUACUGAAUACUCUAUACUUGUCCCAUCCACCACCUGUGGCCGACCAUUAUAUCGUUCUUGCUCUGGGACAUGAAAUCUAUCAUCUGCUGAAUUUUACUCCUUCAGAAGUACACCCGAGCUCUAUUGUCUUUACAGUGGAUGGCCAUGCAUUUGAAGCCAUGAGCUACUUCGACAAGGAUAUGGAGAAUCUAAACCACGAUGCCAUCAUCCCUGUCGAUGAACAGUAUGCACGAUAUCAAUUUACAGAAGAUGGAAGAGACGAUGGGUCUUCGGCCUAUUCGGUAGCCUCUUCUGCCCACAACUUUCGAGUCGAGAAUGGUCGGCGCUAUCACGAUUACAAGGACGGCCACCCCUUUCCCUACGACGAAGUCUCGGAGGAGAAUGAGAUCGUCCUUCACGAGAUGUGUCUGCUCCUUCUCGACAAUAAAUAUUUCCUUUCUCCCAUCGAUGAAUCUUCUCUCCGGUGUGUUGCAGAUGUGGGCACAGGUUUAGGUCUCUGGGCUGAGGGAGUGGCUGAGAGGUACCCCGACACGCAGGUGGUCGGCAUUGACACUGCACCUCAGCCAAGGACCACCUUUCCCAACCUGACGCACAUCAUGUUUGAUGCCACGGAGGAAUGGGUUCUCGACGACCCGAAUAUGAAGUUCGAUCUGGUCCACAUCAGAUCUUUGUUCGUUGGUGUCAAAGACUGGGAGGCCUUGUAUAAACAAUGUUUUGAGAACAUGAAUUCCGGCGCAUGGAUCGAACAGAUGGAGGUCGAAAUUGACGCUCUCACGGACGACGAGGAAAUCCUACCGGGCAGUCAGAUCAAAGCAUUGUGUGAUUUCAGCAAAGAAAUGUCCAGGGCAGCAGGAAGAGACUUCCAGAUAUCAACGGUCAUGAAGAAAAAGAUCGAAGAAGCAGGUUUUGUGGACGUCCAAGAACAGAGACUCAAGCUGCCUCUUGGGCCCUGGCCUACGGACCCCAAGCUGAAAGAUGUUGGACGGUUCUAUGAACGAUUCUACAAGACCGGUUUACAAGGCUGGCUUUUGCAGAUUUGCACCAGGUCCAUGGGGUGGACGGUCGACCAGGUCAACGACGCCUGCAUCAAGGCUUUCCAGGAGAUCAACUCACGAAAACAACACUUUUACUUUCCUCUUGUCAUUGUCAUAGGGCGGAAGCCCUGAUCGAAGUUUCUCGUCUCAACUCUCAAGACGAAAAGUCGUUCCGUCGACCCCCGUCUCCUCCUCAUAUACUGUUCCGGCUUGACCUCCAUCCUCAUUAUGCAGCGUUUAACAUGGCCACCGGUUUUUGGCCUGGUAGAAGAGAAAGGAAACAACGGAGCACAGAACCACAAUAGAGGCGUUGGGGGUGGGAUGAUUUCAGAAGAGCGGCUAUUACGGCCGGCAAAAGGAAGUUCAAUGUUGCUUGAACACAAUACAACACCAAAGCUGGCAUCACACCGCACCGCACCUGUUCCGUCAAACGGUGGUGUCCAUCCGUCUAGCGAGCAUUCACCGGCCUUCAGUGCUGGUUUCUCCUGUCGCCGCUCGAAACCCCAGAUGUUGCGCGGCCUCGGGGAGUUCUGCUUGCGAAUUGAGAGAAGACUCAGGCCCGAGCCACCAACUGGCAGUCAGGACAAGGAAGACUCUCGUACGUUGGCAACUUACGACGGAAGAUAGAUUUACGUCUUAAUUUUCGUCCCGGUACCGAUAUCCACAUUUGCCACCACGACUAUACUGAUAGCACCAUAGGAAGCCGUCCUAGGAUUCGAACUGCAUUUACGAAGGAAAUCAUCUUGGAUACUCGCCCUCUUGGUUCCGAGGAUACUCAGGCCUUCAAAUUUCACCAUUCGGGGUUAUUGGACAAGAGACUCCCCGGCAGGAGAUAGGAAGAGACUGGAAAUUAUCCGCAUAUAAUAUACAAUCCCCUGCCAGCACAUAGCGCGGUCUACUACUUUUUUGGGGGGACUCGGACAUUUAUCCGAUUUCUUGACAGCUGAAUGCUCAUGGGCUUCCUUUAGCCCGGCGGUCAGACUCUCGGAACUUUGACCAAAGUGCAGUUUGAGGACAGGACCCAGGUACUAGGGGGGACAUGAACUGCACUGGCAGCUGGGAAUGAAAACUUUCAAUCAUACAAACAAGCAUGUAUACAGGGGUCAUAUAUAUAUAUAUAUUGAUAAGGCACCUACCUACCCUCUUGCAUUUGGAUCCGCUGCACCCCAUCUACCUAGGUAGAAAGGUAGUGUUCCUCCUAUCUCAUUGCAACGUCCUACAGUACUAGCAUUCUAAGUUCCCCAA